CCGGGCACACUCAGCGGAGAAGUUGCUGCUCUGGACCUGUUCGAUCGCAAGCCACUAAUCCGAGACGUCUCUUUCAGCUACCCCCCAGGUUACAUACCCCAUAUCUCGUAUAUUGGGAUCAUAUAAGGAGCCUGAUUUGCACCGAUACUCUGCCCAACCACCUUGAUCAGACCUCGAAACAGUACCACAAUAUGGCAGCAGCAGUAGCCAAAUCAGUUGGCAUCAAGCUAGACUAUCGCAACGAGCAGCCGCUUGCUGCGAGUACAGUUUCUGGUUCAUCAGUUGAUCCAUACGUUGAGGAUGAACCCACUGUGGGUGAGUGGCUAAGCCGCUUCAAGCCCUCCGGCGGCGGAGCCAAACGAUAUAUCCGCAGUCUGUUUCCCUUUUGGAACUGGAUAUUCCAUUACAACUUCUCGUGGCUCUUCGGCGACGUCGUUGCUGGUGUGACUGUCGGCUUUGUCGUAAUCCCGCAAGGAAUGGCAUAUGCGCUUCUAGCCAAACUCCCCCCAGAGUAUGGUCUUUACACAUCAUUCGUUGGUUUUUUGCUCUAUUGGGCUUUUGCUACAUCAAAAGAUAUCACCAUCGGAACGGUAGCAGUCAUGUCAACCAUAGUCGGGAAUAUUGUCACCAAAGUUCAAAAGACACACAAGGACAUAGCGGCCGAGGAAAUUGCAAGGGCUCUCGCAAUCAUUGCCGGCGCUGUUCUCCUUGCCAUAGGUCUGACUCGACUUGGCCGAAUCGUUGAGCUCAUUCCUUUGAUUGCAAUCUCAUCUUUCAUGACCGGCGCGGCUUUUUCGAUCGGAGUGGGUCAAGUUCCGGCUCUUCUUGGUAUCUCGGGAAUCAACACUCGCGGAGCAACUUAUCUGGUCAUCAUCGAGACAUUGAAAAACUUGCCAAAGGCCAAGCUCGAUGCUGCGAUGGGUGUUUCCGCUCUUGCUAUGCUCUAUGCCAUCCGCAUAUUCUGUAAUAUCAUGACUAAGAAGCAGCCCCAUAGGAAGAAGAUGUGGUUCUUCCUGAGUACUUUGCGCAUGGCGUUUGUGAUCCUACUAUACAUCAUGAUCAGCUGGUUGGCGAAUCGCAACGUCCCAGGUGUUAAAGGAAGCGCGAGCAAAGCUAAAUUCAAGAUUUUGGGAAGGGUACCAAGAGGAUUCCAACAUGCCGGCGCCCCAAAUAUGAGUCCGAAGAUCUUAAGCGCCAUCGCUCCUGAUAUUCCUGUCACCAUAAUUGUCCUGAUUUUGGAACACAUUGCCAUCUCCAAGUCUUUUGGUCGCAUCAACAACUAUGUUAUUAACCCUUCUCAAGAGUUGGUUGCCGUUGGCUUUACCAAUCUUCUUGGACCCUUCCUUGGUGCAUACCCUGCGACUGGAUCAUUCUCGCGCACUGCUAUCAAAUCAAAAGCUGGAGUUCGCACACCCCUCGCUGGAGUCUUCACAGCCGUUAUUGUCUUGCUCGCACUUUAUGCGCUUACUGCCGUUUUCUUCUACAUCCCAUCAGCUUCGCUUGCGGCAAUCAUCAUCCAUGCCGUGGGCGACCUUAUCACCCCUCCAAACAUUGUUUUUCAAUACUGGGAAACCUCGCCGCUUGAGGUCGUGAUCUUCUUUGCCGGUGUUCUCAUCACUGUCUUCACGGACAUCGAGAAAGGAAUCUAUACCACGAUCGGUGCAUCGGGUGGUCUUCUCCUCUGGCGCAUGCUCUUCACCCACGGUACCGUUCUAGGUAAAGUCAAGAUCCACCGAGCCACCACCGACGCCAUUGCUUCAGCACCUGUCCGAGACGCCUAUAUUCCCGUCAAUCACCGAGAUGGAACCAAUCCGCUGGUAGAGCCUGAGUCUCCUUACCCAGGCAUCAUGAUAUUCAGGUUCACUGGCGGCUUCACCUAUGUCAACCAGCAAGGUUAUAUGGACGAACUUGUAGCGCAUGCCCAACACAUAGCUCGCCCAACGCAGCUUAACCGGUACGCGAAAUUGGGAGACCGUCCAUGGAACGACCCAGGGCCACGCCGAGGCAAGCAGAUUGAUGAAGACGACCACCGCCCAACUCUGCGUGCCAUUGUGCUCGACUUCUCCACUGUCAAUCACCUCGAUGUAACUACAGUCCAGGGUCUCAUUGACGUUCGUGACCAACUCGAUCGAUACGCCGCUCCCGACGUCGUCGAGUGGCACUUUGCCUCUGUCAGCAACCGUUGGGCCAAACGUGCAUUGACGACAGCGGGCUUUGGUUACGUGAAUACGCAGCGCGCUCAUUCCCGAAAGCACUGGAAUCCUGUUUACUCUUUUGCUUCGCUAGAUGAUAACACUACUCACAAACGGACUGAUGUUGAGAGUCAAGGGGUUCAGUCCCGAGGCAAGGUCGCCGCUCUCCAUGGAUUGAACCGCCCUUUUUUUCACUUGGAUGUUCAGGCCGCUGUUGAGAGCGCUAUACAGGGUGUGGAAUAUGAAUUGCAGCACACCAGCUCCAGUGAUGGCUCGGACAGGGAGAUAGUCCAUGGAAAGGAAGCGUAA